AGUAUUAUCGUUGCCAUGAAACUUGCGAAAAGUACACGCUAUUUUAGAUAGUGACUGAAAAAUAUAAAUUCAGAAUUAUUCUUAGGUAGCCGUUAUUUUCUUUAAUAAUGGAUUCUACCAAAAAGCACGACAAUCCAUCACCUCAAAUAUCAGCAAACAUUUUAUCAAGAAUAUUUUUCUGCUGGAUAUUACCAAUUUUUAAAACUGGUUCUAAGAAAAAAUUACAACCGUCGGAUAUCUACAACACGCUUAACUCAGAUAAAUGUGAGGCUACAAUUAAUACGCUUCAAAGACAUUGGGAAAAUGAAUUAAUGUUGUACAAAGCCGGAAAAAAGGAUAAACCUAGUUUGAAAGUAGCACUUUUUAAAACAUAUGCCUUUUCCUACUCAUUAGAAGGACUGUUAGUAUUUUUACAAGUUGUUAUAAUAAAGACACUGCAACCUCUAGUUCUUGCGGAAUUAUUAAAAUAUUUUAACACAACCGAAAAGUAUGAUCUUCUCGGUGAGUAUUCAGGAUGGAUAUUAGGAACUGCUACUGUACUUUUAGCCUUUUUCUUUGCUCUCUCUUACCACCAUUCAACCUUGGGAUCACAAAGAAUUGGAAUGAGAGCAAGAGCAGCAUGUUCUGCGUUAGUUUAUAGAAAGUUAUUGAAAUUAAGCCAAGCGUCUUUAAACAAAACCCCAGGUGGUAAAAUGGUAAACCUUCUUUCCAAUGAUUUACAAAGAUUUGACACUGCUUCAUUGUAUUUACAUUUUAUUUGGGUAAUGCCAUUCCAAGCUGCUAUUUGCUUUUACAUUAUGUAUCAAAGUGUCGGAAUAGCUGCUCUGGCUGGAACAGUGUUUAUGCUUGUAGAAGGAAUUGCUAUGCAAGGUUAUUUAUCAAGACUUCAAGGGCAACUUCGUUCGAAAAUAGCAGAAAAGACUGAUUUUAGAGUAAAAUUGAUGAAUGAGUUGGUGGCAGGUAUUAAAGUAAUUAAAAUGUAUGCAUGGGAAAAGUAUUUUGCAAAGGUCGUGGAAGCUGCCAGAACUGCAGAAGUAAGUUUAAUAUCUAAAACGUCAGCUAUUAAGGGAUUGUCACUUGCGUUCAUAGUAGUAACUGAGAGAGUUGCCUUAUACCUGACAGUGAUAACAUUUGUUCUGCUAGGAAACAAACUAACGGCUGACAAAGUUUUCCUUAGCGCCCAAUUGUACAAUUCCUUACAAUUAUACAGUUGCAUCAUGUUUCCAUAUGCAUUGGCUGGAUACGCCGAAGUUAAGGUUUCUUUAAGAAGACUCGAAAAGUUUUUACUUUUGGAAGAAAAUACUGUUCAGAUUCAAAAUACUGUGAUUCAGCAAAUAGGAACCAUACAAGCAAAAGAAGCUUGUGCUACGUGGAAUGAAGCUUUGAAGGAGGACACUUUGAGUGACUUGAAUCUAAAAUUGCCUUCAGGAAAACUAUGUUGCGUGGUGGGGACGGUGGGUAGUGGUAAAUCUUCAUUGCUUCAAUUGUUACUUGGUGAACUUCCAAUUAAAAGUGGUAAAUUAGAGGUGUCAGGAGACUUAUCCUACGCUUCACAAGAACCUUGGUUAUUUGUAUCCAGUGUAAGAGAAAAUAUAUUGUUUGGAAAACCUUACAUUAAAAACAGAUACGAAGAAGUCGUUCAAGUAUGUGCUCUAGAAACCGACUUCCAGCAGUUUCCUUUCGGCGACAAAACCAUUGUAGAAGAACGAGGGGUUUCCCUGAGUGGUGGUCAAAGAGCAAGAUUAAACUUAGCAAGAGCUGUGUACACUAGCGCUGAUAUUUACCUACUAGACGAUCCUUUGUCUGCGGUUGAUACUCGUGUUGGUAAACAUCUUUUUGAAAAAUGUAUUAAAGGAUUUUUGGGCAGUAAAACCAGGAUUUUGGUGACACAUCAGUUGCAAUUUUUAAAAGACGCUGAUGUGAUUAUUGUUUUUGAAAAGGGAAAAAUAAAGAAAAUGGGGACCUUUGACGAACUGUCCGAAAAUUACCUAAAGUCAUUACAAGAAGAAGAGACUGAAGACGAUAAAAAGGAUGUAUCUUUAAAACAGUCACAAACGGACGAAAUAAAACAGGUUUUAACACAAAAUGAAGAAGGUCCCAAAGAAAAUAAUGAAGAAACUUGCGAAGGAUCGAUUCCCUUUUCAACCUAUGGCAAAUACUUCCGCUUCGGGACCAGUUGGUUUGGAUUUUGUUUCAUGGUAUUUUUAUUCUUUUUGGCCCAAGCAGCAUCUAAUGCAGGAGACCUAUGGGUGACUUAUUGGGUAAAUACUGUUGCAGCGAAUAGUACAACAACGCCAUCUUUGGAAAUAGUUGUUGCAAAUCAUAGCUCCUCUGGAAGUUAUAGCAAGUACAACUAUUCAGUAGUGGAUGAAAAUAUUCCACUUCGAGAAGAGUUUACUCGAGAUUCAAAUUAUUAUAUAAUUAUUUAUAGUGUCACAAUAUGUCUAGCACUUCUUCUGACUCCAAUCAGAUCCUUAAAUUUCUACAGAAUUAUUAUGAAUGCUUCAAGAAAUUUGCACAAAAAUAUGUUCAGUAAGGUUUUACAAGCACCUAUGAGGUUUUUUGACACGAAUCCUUCAGGAAGAAUCCUGAACAGAUUUUCAAAUGACAUGGGAAUCAUUGACGAGUUUUUACCAAAAGCGAUGCUUGAUGGUACACAAAUGUUGUUGGUCCUUUUAGGUAUCCUUAUACUGGUGUUUAUUAAAAUAGUGUGGAUGAUAAUACCAGCAGUAAUUAUGGGAAUUUUAUUCUACUAUCUCAGAUUGCUCUUUUUAAAAACGACUCAAGACGUGAAACGCUUGGAAGGAGUCAGUAGAGCUCCAGUAUAUUCCCAUGUUAUCGCCACUCUGGACGGAAUGACAACGAUAAGAGCAUCAAAGUGCGAAGAUUUGGUUAUCCAAGAAUUUGACGGUCUUAUGGACAAUAGUUCAGGAGCUUGGUACUUAUACAUUACUGCCUGCGAAGUAUUUGGAUUUUACCUAGAUUGUAUAAGUACAGUUUUUAUCGGUAUAGUUACGUACCAGUUCCUUAUAUUUGACAACUCAGAUCCAAGUUCUGCGGGAAACGCUGGUCUUGUCUUAUCACAGUGCUUGAUAUUAACAGGAAUGUUACAGAUGGGCGUUCGCCAAACUGCAGAAGUAGCUAAUAACAUGACCAGUGUAGAGAGAGUACUUGAAUAUACAAAUUUGGAAAAAGAAAUAGAGGAAAAGAAACAACUGUCAGUGAAUAAUUUAAUACCUACUUAUAAAUCUCUAGAUAAAGAUUGGCCACAAGCAGGAGAAGUCGAAUUCAAAAACGUUUUCCUGAGGUACACAUUAGACAGUGCUCCCGUUCUAAGGAAUUUAAAUCUUAUAUUUAGAGCUGGAGAAAAAAUUGGUGUAGUUGGCAGAACUGGCGCUGGAAAAUCCUCUCUAGUAUCCGCAUUAUUUAGACUUUCACCAUUAGAAGGAUCAGUAAAAGUUGAUGGCGUGGAUACUGUCAAUGUAGAGCUUCAUAAAUUAAGAUCAACCAUUUCUAUAAUACCGCAAGAACCAGUUCUGUUCUCAGCGACUGUUAGAUAUAAUCUGGAUCCAUUUGAAACUGUUAGUGAUGAGCAGCUGUGGGAUGCAUUAGAAAAGGUGGAGUUGAAACAUUCAAUUACUGGCCUUGACAUGGAAAUACGGGAGGGGGGUUCAAAUUUCAGUACCGGUCAACGACAAUUGAUGUGUCUAGCUAGAGCGAUCGUAAGAAAUAACAAGAUUCUUGUUUUAGACGAAGCCACAGCCAAUGUUGAUCCCAGUACCGAUGCCUUAAUUCAGAAGACAAUUCGAAAGAACUUUAAAUAUUGUACUGUGAUAACCAUAGCACAUAGACUCAAUACAAUCAUGGAUUCCGAUAAAGUUUUAGUAAUGGACGCCGGUCAAUCUGUAGAAUUUGAUCAUCCGCACAUACUAUUAAAAGACGAUGAAGGAUAUUUCAGUAAAAUGUUAAAAGAAACUGGGACAGUGACUGAGAAGGCUCUUAAGAAGAUAGCGGAGGAACAUUAUAGAAAAUUGUUUCUGGAUGAGCAAGAGUUAAAACUUUUGAAAAGUGAAAAAUGAAGAAAUACUUUUUACAUAUCACAGGAUAGUUGACGACAGAUUUAUAUUUUUCUUAAGAAUAAAUAUAUUUAUUAUUUCUGAC